GUCUUCUACACUGAAGGCGGAAGUCCUCUCACUUGGUCCGACAGGCCACUCGCUCAGUGUGACGCCAACCACGACUGUCUCCAGUGCGAGAAGGACGUAGCCAAUGACGUAGUCUUCAUCGAAGGAGACGUUUACGUGGUUGGCAUCGUGCCAAUACACGAGACCAGCACGUUCUCCUCCCUUCACUGCGGCAAGAUCAAAACUCUGGCUGGCGCAGACAUUGCAGAGUCGCUGGUUUUUGCAGUAAAACAAAUAAACAAGAAAGAGGGCAUUUUUAAGGACAUCUUGCCAGGACGUAAGGUUGGUGUGUUGCUGAUCAACUCCUGCAGUAGUCCACUGCUUAUUCGACAGCGCCUUCUGGACCUGCACACGGGUCGUCUGGUCCUGCCUGAUGGCAGCAUGCGCAAUAGCAGCGUCAUAUUGCCUUAUAUUAUGGGAUAUGUAGGUGCUUAUGCCAGCGGAGAUAGCAUGGCGGCUGCUGACACUCUUACAAAUAUUGGCACACCUUUUGUUCAGAUCAGUGCUGCUUCCACCUCUCCUGUCCUCAAAGACAGAUCUGUGUACCCUUACUUCAUGCGAGUAGUGUCACCAGACAACAUUCAAGCUCAGGUCAUGCUGGAUGUUGCCGUCAAGCUCAACGCCAGCUACAUUCAGAUCGUGUACGACAAGACCAUCGCAUACGCUCGAGCAUUCGUGCAGGCCAUUGAAGAUGCCGUGAAGAGCAACUACGCCAAGGUCUGCAUCGCUCAGAAAAUCGCCAUCACUCCAGUGAACGAGGUCAGCGAGUACAAGUGGAUCAAGGACGAGCUCCGUAAGAAGAGUGCUGCCAGGCUGGUCAUUGUUGCAUAUCCUGCAGAAAUUGCUAAGCUCACAGACGCAAUUCUACCGGAGUUUACCCAAUGACAAUUUCCUUUUCCUGGCAAGUGAAUCGUGGGGCAGACGUCAGCCACUCAUCGAAGGCAAGACUAAACUGGAAGGUUCACUCGUCCUUUCACAAGAAAUUCCAAUCGACUUGUCAUUUGACGCUUACUUCAGGUCGCUGGAUCCCACACAAACAGAAAAUAUUUGGCUGAGAAACUUUUGGGAGACACGAAAAGGUUGUUACUUUGACAAAAGUUUUGAAAGGAAAGGCAAAACAGGAAUGUGUCCCUGACAAUGUAGCCGCUGAUUAUGUCGACGAUCCAAGAGCUUCUCUCCACAUACAAGCCAUGUACGCCCUCGUCAUUGGCGUCAACCAGACUCUGAGUCGCCUCUGUGGGCCUGCACCACGCUCCAUGUGCGAUGCUGUCCACUCGGAUGAUCUUGUCAAGACACUAAAGACGGUGAAGCUGGACUUGUACAAUACAGGUGAGCGUACACAGGUGUUUGACGACAACGGAGACGGGCUGGUGGGCUUCAAGAUCCUGCAGGUGACGAGGGACAGGACAGUCUCGGACAACACCAUGGUCUACAAAGAAGUUGGCUCGUGGGCGCAUCAGACUCUGUCCCUAAAUGAGAAGGAAUUAUCGCCACUCAGCCGACAGAUAUUUCUAUCAACGUGUCCUAACCAGGUGGAAUGUGAUGUUUGUUUUGUGCAAGAAGUAUCGACAGCACGCACAAGCAAUGUCCAAGACAUCAACGCAGCGGCCAUUGGUGUGGGUGUUGCUUUUGCUGUUGUUGUCUUCAUCCUGCUUGUUGCACUUCUGUGUAUGUGUCUACUCUACAGGCGGAAAGCUAAGAGUCAGCACAAGAGUGCUACGAUAUUGGAAGCCAGGACCCGUCCACAGUUCACAGCACCAUCCGAGUUCGUCAACAAAGACAUCAACAAUGAAACAUCGGUCUACCACAGUCUACAUCCCGAGGAUGACAGAAGUCCAUGCUGCUCAGACUGAGAUGCAUUCUCAGCCAUCCUGCUGCACACCAGGGGAGCGACUGACACGUGCAGGGUACAUCACUCCAGUUAAUGGACACCGACUCCCUCCUUCUCCUCUUCCCCAAGCACAACAGUUUUAAAUAACUUCAGAAGCUAAACCAGUUCAUGAUGAGACUGAUGGACUUCGUGUGACCGGUGAAAAAAGAUAACCUAAAAUAUUUAAUAUAAUGUGCUAGGUUUAAAACUGUGGAUGUCGCUUCUUUUGACUUACUGUUGAACUGUUAUGGAAUGGAAUUUAUUUUAGAAACUUUUGAGAUAUUUAUUUUGUUUAAUUUCAACUUCAUCAAUUCAGAAACAGGACAGCGCUGACGGCUACAGCCUUU